CCUGUUUUAUGAUAAUUGCUGCAGUACUUAUCCAAUUUUAUCCGAUAAUCUUCGAUCUUAUUAUGCCAUUGGAUGAACCACGACCAUGCAAACUUAUUAUUGGGGUGGAAUAUUUUGUCCCACAAGAUAAAUAUUUCAUCACCAAAGCAUUGCACGAACUCAUAACUGCAUCAAUAUGUGGGUUAAUAAUGUUAACCACGGCAACGCAAAUGUUAAUAUUUAUCGUGCAUUCUAUCGGGAUGUUUAAAAUUGCUAGUUAUCGAGUAAGAUAUUCCCUAGAGGAUAGCGUACUGUACAUGUCAAAUAUGGAAAAAGAACGCGCAAUUUGCGAAAGCAUAAUGCAAAUCGUAAUUGCACACCGCAAAGCUAUGAAAUCCUCCGAUGUUGUGAUUUCAAUAUUUAAUGUGCCAGUUAGCAUAAUAGCUAUACUUGCAGUACUUUCGUUGAGCACGAAUUUAUUUAGAUUUCUUGAAGCGAUAAAUUUAAAAGACACAGUCGACCUAGGAAUAUCUUUUGUUAUUAUUACGAUUCACUUAGUUGUGUUGUUUGCGGCCAGUUUGAUCGGACAGAAAGUUAUGGAUUAUAACAACGAGAUUUUUAGGUUGAUAUACAAUACGUCGUGGUACUUAAUGCCUGUACCAUCACAAAAACUAAUUUUGUUUUUAAUGCAAAAAGCUGGCAAAGAAUUUAAUUUAAAACUCGGUUUCUUAUUUGUGGGAAAGAUAGAAAAUUUUACCACGCUUCUAAAUAAUGCGCUGUCUUAUGUCACCGUGAUGUAUUCUGCUCACAAUCAUUAUCGUCUUGAACAUAUGACCGAUAAAAUAUCUCCGACAUUAAGUGCUAACAGAGAUCACAUUAUUCAAAAAAGAAUAAUUAAUGCCGUUGACAUUCAUCGAAGAGCGAUUGAAUUUGCCGAAUUUAUGCUAUCCAAUUUUAUGAUUAUAUACUUAAUUUUAAUUGGUGUAGGCAUCUCAUCAUUAACUAUUAACUUAUUUCAACUUUUGCAUCUUCUGAUGUUGAACGAUAUGAACGGAGUAUUAGAAUGCAUAAUACUUAUUGCUGCUCAUCUUAUCUAUCUAUUCUUUAGUAAUUUGGACGGUCAGUUAAUCACAGAUCAUAAUACGGAUGUUUUUAAGACAACAUAUACCACGCGAUGGUACACGGUUUCGUUGAAAACACAAAAAUUGUUGUUCCUAAUAAUGCAGAGAAGUACGAAGAAUUACUAUUUCAUUGUCGGUGGUGUUUUUGCCGCCUCUGUGGAAAGCUUCGCCUCGAUAACGUAAUCGCACAAAAUACUUAU